GGUCAGACGAACCCCCGGGGGACGUGCAGGUGCCCAUCCUGACGGAGGUGGACCCCAAGGGCAGCAUCCAGCGGCGCCAGGGGGAGUCCGUGACCCUCACCUGCCGUGCCAAGGGCCUGCCCACGCCGACGGUCACGUGGCAUAAGGACGGACUCGACCUCGGAAAAAGGUCAGAGAUCGUUCAACAGCCUCUGUCCACCGACUCAGGACUUUACACGUGCAAGGCCAUCUCGGCGCUUGGAGAGACUUCGGCAAACUUCUCCAUACACAUUGGCGGUUUUUCUGUGCACCUUCGGAAAAACCGCCCCGACAAGCCUGUAGGAGGAACCCCGCCCACGCCCGUGCUGAAAGGUGACGACCCCUCUGCCCUGGCGCCCCUCAAUCCGGACACCCACGGUCAUAGCCUGACAUCACGCCCACCUGACCUCGUUUACCAGGAGGUGAGCGGCUACGCCCGAGCAGCCUGCGCGGCGCCCCCACGGCUCCCACUACGGCGAGCAGUACCGAGUCCCUACCCGGAGUCCUACGUGGACCCCGCCUACUCGGACCCCUACUCGGCGAAAGGGGCCCCCCGCGCCUCCGACAAGCUACGCCCGGCUCACCCACCCCUCCCACCCUCCCACCCUCCCUCGCCUCCCACAACUCCCACAACUUCCCACGCCUCUUCCAGCCCGCACCUCCCGCCGCCUUACGCCCACGCCCACCCCCACGCCCACACCCACUCGCACGCCCACACGCAUAGACAUCCGCAAUAUUUCGUUCACUAUAAUUUAUAAAGUGAUUUUUGAUUUUUUUUUUUUUUUUUUUUGGUCCUAUGGAUCAAAAGAGAGGAUCAUUUUUUUCUUAUUAUUAUUGUGUAUAUAGAAAGGAUAUUGGAUUAAUUCAUGGUGGCGGAUUGCGUGUGUGUGUGUGUGUGUGUGUGUGUGUGUGUGUGUGUGUGUGUGUGUGUGUGUGUGUGUGUGUGUGUGUGUGUGUGUGUGUGUGUGUGUGUAAAU